UUCCGUAGGUCCCGGGCCUGGGCCUUGACGUAAGUGGUCGCUAGAGGAGCGCGCCCCAUCCCCCUCGCACAGGCAGAGGGAGGAGGAGGGGAAGACGGAGGGAAAAAAGGACUUACUACUGCUAGGCAGACCCUGAGCUGCUCAACCGAUCACCAAGUGGUCAUCAGGAGAGCGAGAGAGAGUGAGCAACCAACCAAUCUACCAACCAAGCGUAUCGACAUCGUCGACAUGAAAUACGCCACCGUAGUCCUGCCCUUUGUGGCUGCCGCCGCCGCCUUCGUUAUUCCCGACGAGGCCACCGCCGAGCAGCUGGCACUCGACACCAACGGGCCCACUGAGAAGGCGUCGUCCUCCUCCUCUCCAUGGUGGCACAAGCUGUCUGGCCCUGUCGAUGACCUACUGUCGUCGUCGGGUAACGCCUUUGACGCCGCCCUCGACACCCUCAAUACCCGGGCCGGCAAGCUCAGUAGCUUCUUGCCCAAGGUCGUCGAUUUCCUCCCCUCGCGCGACUACACCAGCAAGCCCGGCGAGUCGGGGCACCACGGCGGCCAGACGAACUUGACCGUGUACCAGGCAAUCCACGCCUCGAACUACACCACCAAGUUUGCCGCCCUCGUCGACGACUAUCCGGACCUGGUCGAGAAGCUCAACAGCACCUCGGCGAACGUGACCGCCUUCGUGCCGACGAACAAGGCCUUUGAGCAUAUCCCGCACCACGACGACGUCCCGAAGGAGUUCAUCGAGAAGGUCAUCCAGUACCACAUCGUUCCCGGCCUCUACCCCGUCGGCCGCGUGCUCUUCCAUCACACCCUGCCGACCAGCCUGAUCGAGGAGCAUCUGGGUGGGCGCCCGCAGAGGCUGCGGGUUGGCUUGAGCCUAUUCGGCCUGAGGUUGAAUUUCUACAGCAAGGUCGUCGUGGCCAAUAUCGAAACCAAGAACGGCAUCAUCCACGGCGUGGAGAGCAUCCUGGUCCCGCCGCCGCCGGCAGGAAAGGUCAUCUCUCUGUUCCCGACUAAAUUCUCCACCCUCCAGCUUGCCGCCGAGAAGACCGGGCUAUCGCACCACCGUCACGGUGACGGCGACGGCGACGGCGACGACAGGCCGGAACUGACGGGCCUGACGCUCUUCGCGCCCACCAACACCGCCUUCGAGCGGCUCGGCCCCGGCGCCAAUGCCUUCCUUUUCAACACGGAGAAGGGACUGACCUACCUCAAGGCGCUGCUCCAGUACCAUAUCGUCGUCAACGAGACGCUGUACACAGACAAGUUCUAUGGGAAGAAGAAGGGGGAGGAGGACGGCGGCGAAGGCGACGACGACGACUACUAUGAAGACGGCGAGAAGAAGCGAGGCGAGGGCGCGAGGCACUACCACCUCGACCUGCCGACGCUGCUCGGCGACGCCCACCUCGCCGUCGACGUCACGCGCUGGUACGGCUUCGUCCGGGUCCUGAUCAACGGCCGCGUCCACAUCGCCCUCGAGGACGGCCUGGCGCGCGACGGCGUCAUCCAGGCCGUCGACGACAUCCUCAUCCCGCCGCGGCAGCACGGCCGGCCCGCGUCCUGGGACCUCGACCUCGACGGCGGGAUCCCCGUCGGCGAGCUGGUCGCCCGGCUCGACCCGUACCUCGAGCGCGACGGGGGCUCGCAGAAUGAGCAGGAGCCCGCGGCCGGCGAGCUGUAGGGUGGAGCAAAGUAGUAGGUACUGGGUAGUUGGUUAGAGAUGGGAUGAUGCAUCUCUUCGUAGGUGAUCUCUGUGAUAUAGACGUAGGUUAGGACCAGUCGCGACCAAAAAGGAGGGGAGAUGCUCUAAUGGGAACAGCGUUCAGAAUUUGCAAAUCGCUCCUAGAGAAGGGCGGGGGAGGGGAAGCGGAGAAGCUUGAUCUCGCUCUAUUUAAUCUCACAGGUUGACAAGUUACUAUGGUUGAUAUCGAACGCAGCCGCAAGAAUUUUGACGUGA